CUCUUCACACUCCACUACUCGCAGCUUUCCAGCAUCUUCUUCUUGCUUUUCCGUUUUUCAUCCAUGGCUUCGUUUCGGGCUUCGUUCCUUUUUCUCUCUCUCAUCACUCUCACUGUAGCCGCCGUUGUCUCCGGUCACAAUAUCACCGACAUUCUCGCCGGCUUCCCAGAAUACAGCCAAUUCAACAGCUUCCUGUCCCAAACGAAGCUCGCCGACGAGAUAAACAGCCGCCAAACAAUCACUGUUCUGGUACUGAAUAACGGCGCGUUCUCUUCACUCGCGUCCGGCCAUCCCCUUUCCGUUAUGAAGAAAGCCCUUAGCCUCCAUGUCCUCUUGGACUACUACGACGGUCAGAAGCUUCACAAGAUCUCUAAUGGCACUACUCUCACCACCACGCUGUACCAGACCACCGGAAAUGCCCCUGGAAAUUUAGGCUUUGUCAAUAUCACUGACCUUAAAGGCGGAAAAGUCGGCUUCGGCUCGGCGGCUCCCGGAUCCAAGCUCGACUCGUCUUACACCAAGUCAGUUAAGCAAAUACCGUACAAUAUAUCCGUGCUUGAGAUCAGCGCGCCGAUUAUUGCGCCGGGGAUAUUGACGGCUCCACCUCCGUCUGCUGAUGUUAACAUAACGGCGUUAAUUGAGAAGGCCGGAGGCAAGACGUUCGCCUCGUUGCUUGUUUCUAGCGGCGUGAUUAAGACUUACGAAUCCGCCGUUGAAAAGGGUUUGACUAUAUUUGCGCCGUCCGAUGAGGCUUUCAAGGCUCGUGGGGUUCCUGAUCUGAACAAGCUCACCAGUGCUGAGGUGGUCUCGCUCUUAUUGUAUCACGCCGCGUCGAAGUACCUUCCCGUGGGGGCUUUGAAGACCAGCAAAGAUCCAAUUAGCACAUUGGCGACAAACGGCGCCGGGAAGUAUGAGUUCUCGGCGACCGCCGCAGGCGAUGCGGUUACUCUACAUACCGGGGUUGGCCCCUCCAGAGUCGCCAGUACGGUACUGGACUCCACUCCUCUUGCUAUUUUCACUGUCGAUAGCGUGCUUCUUCCGACCGAGUUAUUUGGUAAAUCGCCGUCGCCGGCACCUGCGCCGGAACCAGUGACCUCUCCAACUCCAGCCCCGGCAUUAGCACCGAAAGCCAAGUCGCCUGCUCCGGCUGCUGCUUCACCACCGGCUCCUGUGGGAGAUACUCCGGCUGAAUCUCCAGCUGAAUCUCCGUCGUCGGAAGCGGACCGUGGCACUUCGGAAAAGAAUGCUGGUGCUCACAUGGAGGCUUCUGCUGUCUUCGCCGUUUUUGUCGUCGUGAUAUCCUCCGUUGUCUUAUCCUGAAUUGUAAUUUGACUGAGACCUCGUGUGGUAUUUUUUCUUUUUAAUUUAAGACUUUUGAGUUGGUUUUAAUUUUAA